AUGGCCGACAAGAUGGACAUGUCUCUGGACGACAUCAUCAAGCUCAACCGGAGCCAGCGCGGGGCCGGCCGGGGCGGCGGCCGGGGCGGCCGGGGCCGGGGCGGCGUCACCCGCGGGGGCGGGCCCGGCCGGGGCGGCGUGGGCGCCGGGCGAGCGGGCGGCGGCGGCCCCGUGCGGAACCGGGCGGCGCUGGCCCGGGGCGGCAGGAACCGGCCCGCGCCCUACAGCCGGCCGAAGCAGCUCCCCGAGAAGUGGCAGCACGACCUGUUCGACAGCGGCUUCGGCGCGGGCGCGGGCGUGGAGACCGGCGGGAAGCUGCUCGUGUCCAACCUGGACUUCGGCGUGUCGGACGCGGACAUCCAGGAGCUCUUUGCAGAGUUUGGGACCUUGAAGAAGGCGGCCGUGCACUACGACAGGUCUGGCCGCAGCCUGGGGACGGCGGACGUGCACUUCGAAAGGAAGGCGGACGCGCUGAAGGCGAUGAAGCAGUACAACGGGGUCCCCUUGGACGGGCGCCCCAUGAACAUCCAGCUGGUCACGUCACAGAUAGACACACAGAGGAGACCGGCACAGAGUGUAAACAGAGGUGGCAUGACCAGAAACCGCGGUGGUUCAGGAGGAUUUGGUGGUGGAGGCAGCAACAGGCGAGGGACUCGUGGCGGGACCAGGGGGAGAGGCAGAGGAGCUGGAAGGACCUCCAAACAGCAGCUCUCCGCAGAGGAACUAGACGCACAGCUGGACGCUUACAAUGCCAGGAUGGACACCAGCUAAAGUGGCGGAGAGGGCGCAGGACGGACUCGGCUCUGCCCCCGCUCCCCGGGCCGCGCGGGCGGCUCGCUCCGACGGGAUUUGUUUUAUUUUUGUUCUGGGAUAGGUUUUAACUCCUGUAAAGGUUUUUUUUAAUUCCAAACAGACCUGUUUUGUACCGAGUUAUUUUUGGGAUAAAUUUUACUGGUUGCCUGUUGGGCCGAGGUGGCUUUUUCACCUUCGCCGUAAUAAAAUAGAACCGUGUCUAGA